UAAUGGCUAAGGCCUCGUGCUGCAGCUGCCUACUGACGUUCCCCUUUGUGUCGGCCUAUUGUUGGGCCGCGCACCCCUCGUUGAUUCAUGGGCCAGUCAGGGGAAGACCCCCUCUAGAAUGACGUGCGGUAGCUUAUCUGUGGAUCCCUGUGUGUGUGUGUGUGUGUGUCUGAGAGAGAGUUCCAUUGUGAGGUCACUGCGCUCCCAUUGGUCAAGUUGCAUGCUAACUUUAAUGGGUGAAUGGUAGACACUGAAGCUCCAUCUGUUCUUGCAGUCAUUGUUCAGCCGGCUUGCCUGCAGUACCAACAGUCCUUUUCAGGGUGGACUAGGCUUAGGUGGCCCAUGCCCUGCAAGCUUGUGCGGUUGUGUCUGGCGGUGAAAAGCUACCUUUCUUGGCUGUGUUUUGUGCAAUUCAAGGAAGAACCUGGACCAAUUUGAGGAUCUAAUAUCGUCUUGUUUGUCUGGUGACUUAGAGAAGACAAUCUGUGAAGUAAACCAAUCACUUCACUGAAGGCUGGAUUUGGUAGUUUUGUUUUUUAACAAGAGCACUUAUAGAGGACUUCCACCCUUAACACUUUUUGACUUGUUUGAAGGUUCUCAUGUUCAGGUGGGCCUGAGAGAAGCGCGACCGAGGUGGCCGGACAAGCAGCAGUAUCAGCAGGGAGGUCUCUGGUGGGGUGGCGCUGGAUGUAUUUGACAGCUUCAUGGGCCUGAAGGACCAUCUAGAUGAUGGAACAGGCCACAUCCUUGACCUCGGGAUCGAUCUGGACUACCUGCACGUGAAGGCUACUGCCAGUGACCGGCCGCCCUCCGAAGCGAAUGCCCAUACCAAAAUGGAGCCUGGCCCGUCGGAAGAGGCCGAGGGCAGGCUACCAGCUGGAACAAGCCUGGGCAGCAGCAGCGGCAUCGGUUCCACACCCGCUGACUCCGAGGAGAGCACUGACAGCGAGGCGGAGCAGAUCAACCUCCCGCCUCGCUCUGCCCAUCCCCAACUCUGCCGUUCCCCGUGUCUGGACCUGGAGUCCUCUUCACCUCCGCCAGGCAGUUCCAUCUCUGAAGACGCAGACCCUGUGGGAACCCUGCGCGCCUACCAGAACAAGAUGGAAUUUGCGUUGAAGCUCGGCUACCAGGAAGACCUUAUUCGGCUGGUCCUCAGUAAACUGGGACCCGAGGCACUGAUUAACGACAUUCUUGGUGAGCUCGUCAAGCUGGGAAGCAAGCCAGAGGCCGAGCAGGGAGGCGGACCGGCAGCAUCUCAGUCCAGGUCUUCAUCGAUGGCACCCUCCUCCUCCUCCUGCUCCUCCUCAGGAUCCACCACCUCCUCCUCAGGCUGUGGGUUCUCGGAUUCUACAGAGUCCCGUCAGUCGGAUUCUCCCUCACAGAUGGACUCUCUGGAUGACAAGGACAACCUGAGGCCCAUUGUGGUUGACGGCAGCAACGUUGCCAUGAGCCAUGGCAACAAGGAGGUCUUCUCAUGCCAAGGCAUCCAGCUUGCAGUUGACUGGUUCCUGGAGCGAGGACACCGUGACAUCACUGUGUUUGUCCCAGCUUGGAGGAAGGAGCAGUCUCGGCCUGAUGCUCUCAUCACAGACCAGGAGUUUCUACGGCGGCUGGAGAAGGACAAAAUCCUCGUGUUCACUCCCUCACGACGGGUGCAAGGUCGUAGGGUGGUCUGCUACGAUGACCGUUUCAUUGUCAAGCUAGCCUACGAGUCUGACGGCAUCAUAGUCUCCAACGACAACUACCGAGACUUAGCCAAUGAGAAGCCGGAGUGGAAGAAGUUCAUUGAUGAGAGGCUGCUGAUGUAUUCAUUCGUCAAUGACAAAUUCAUGCCUCCUGAUGACCCUUUAGGUCGGCAUGGCCCAAGUUUGGAGAACUUUCUGCGAAAGCGACCAAUCAUUCCAGAACACAAGAAGCAGCCCUGCCCUUACGGUAAGAAGUGCACCUAUGGGCACAAAUGUAAGUUUUAUCACCCUGAGCGUGGCACUCAGCCCCAGCGCUCGGUGGCGGAUGAGCUCCGCGCUAGCGCCAAGAGCUGCUCGGCCAAGGUGCCCGUGGAGUCGGGGCUGGUGAAGAGCCACAGCAUGCCGGGCAGCCAGCGGCCCGCCGAGGCCAAACGGGCGCAGGCCAAGCGCCAGUCUGACCCCAGCGUCCGCGCACUGUCCUACAGCGACGUGGAGGAGAGGCUGACCAGCCGCUCCCCGAAACUAGACCCGUCCCACGGCAAAGGGAGUGCCACCUUGCUGCCGGCUCCCGGCGGGCCACCCAUGGGCCACGGACACGGGCAUGGCCAUGGGCACGGGCACGGGCACAGGCAGGACCUGACCCGGGAGUACCCCCACCCAUCGGGGAAGCCUCACUCGCUCGGCAUGCUGCCGUCCCAGUACCCCACGUGCGAGUCGCCGGACCUGAGCUACUGCUCGCUGGUGCGGGCAUACUCGGGCCUGAGGAUCGCCGUGCCGCCGCGCAGCCCCGAGCGCCGCAUGCUGCCCGAUGCGCUCUUGUCAGACUGCAGCAGCGAGGGCAGCGCCAGCUGCGGCAGCAGCAGCACGGACUCCUACGUUGGCGUGCUGGGCCCCGCGGGCGAGCGCUCGUGCAUGAGCUCACCCGACCUGCUGCUGGACGACGCUGGCGGUCCCCUCCGCUGCCCCCACCACCACCUCGGUCAGCAGCAGCAGCCGCACCACCAUCACCAUCACCACCACCGGGGCAGUGCCCAGUACCCGCCCCCUCUGCCGCCUCCUCAGACGCCCCCUCAGCACCACCUGCAUCAGGGCCACGUGCUCGCGCCCGUCCCGGUGCCAGGCUACCACCACCACCAUCACCACCAUCACCAGCAGCAGCAGCAGCAGCCACAAAGCCUGACACCACACGGGUACAGCUUCAGCCUCGACGAGCCUCCCGACUCGCCCCUCUUCAACAAGCACUCGCGACCGUACCUGUCGCCACAGCUCCAGCACCAAACCGUGGCCGCUCGGUCCAGUUGUCCUGGGGACUGUCCGCCCCUGCCGGGCGGCUCGCACCCCCAGAGCUCUCCCCUGGGCCGGGGACUGGCCUCCACGCGGGCCGACAGCGUAUCGGACUCCCGCCUGUAUGAGAGCUCACCACUGCUGCCCCGCAAGGCCCUCUACAUGGGCCAGGAGCGACUGGGCGGAUGGGACCCCUACUACCUGCAGCCGCCCCCACCGCAGGCCCCUCCUCAGCCCUGCUACGAGUCCUUCACCUUCCAGGGCCUCCAGGAAAGCCGUGAGCAGGCCUGGAGGGCACCGUGGGGGCGGGGCCCCAGCCAGCCGCCUCCUCCUCCUCACCCCAGCCACUCACCCCAGCCUCAGCCUAUGGGCUCCCUCAACCCCCCUGAGCCUCCCCCUAUCAGUCGGCACCAGGAAGUGCGUCAGAAGGUGUUCAAGAACCUGUGCAACAUCUUCCCCACAGAGCUGGUGCGCAUGGUGAUGGGGCGCUACCCUCACAUCACAGACGCCCAGCAGCUGGCAGCGGCCAUUUUGGCAGAGAAGAGCCAGCCUGGAGCUUACUGAAAGCCCCUCUCCCCCCCUGUUCCCUAUGUGCUUUUUUCAACAGGAUGAAGGCACCAUAUCCUAAGGGGGGGGAUUAUGUAUUGCUGUUAUCCAAGGAAAAUGAACAUGUGGGGUAUCCUGCGGUAUUUUGGGGUAUGUAUCCCUGGAAAUACUUUUGAGAUGUUACUGCAUCAGCUCACCAAAAUAACUCUGCAUUUGAAAUAAUUUUAAGGAACGAGGAAAAUUGACCCUUGACCAUUUGAUGCAGAGAGAGGGAAGAGUAGUGCUGUCAGCAUAUUUGUCUACCUGAAGUGUGAAUGAGUUCCGAAUGUGUACUUCUAUUUAUUUUGGGUUUGUUUCUUCAUAUACAUAUAUAUAUAUAUAUAUAUAUACAUAUAUAUUAUACAGAUUUUAUGUUAAGUAUUUUUAAGUAUUAUUUUCAGGUGAGCAUCUAUUGAUUCACAGGGCACUUUUUUGUUGCUUUUGAUCAGAUUUGAGAAUAAUUUGUAUCUCGUGGCAAUCAAAAUGGAGGUUGUGAGAGGCCAGGGUACGUGUAGAUUUAGAUUAUUUGUGAUGCUGAGGUACAGAAAAUCAAAACAGAAGAGCUUAACAACACACACACACAAAUGCACGCGGACACCUGCAUAUUCAGUGCCAUCUAUAACAACUACCCACUAUUGUUGUAGCAUGGAAGACAUUGUUUUACCUUUUAAGGCUCAAUUAGCUUCAUUGUUUAUGAGUGUAGGUUGACCAUAAAUUUCAGUACCUAAAAUGUAGUUGUGCACUGGAUGAGAUGUAGUUUAAUGGUUACAAAUGGUACACCUCCUUUAAACCUAAAUUGGGUUCAACCUCAGUUCCUCUUAUGUGAUGUAAUGCUUACCUUCACUUGAUUUCUUUGUUGUGUUUUAGUUUUAAUCGUUCUCUCCAAAAUCAUGUGCCAUUCGAAUCACAAAAGAAUGGUUCUUGGGGAUAUGCAGAAAUGUAUUAAUUUAUUUAUAAUUGUUAUUCCAUGUCCUUUAUUUUUUGUUUUCAUUGUUUUUUUUUCCAGAGAAUCAUUUUUUAUCUAUUUAGAGUGUUUGCACGAGAGCAUGUGUACAUGGGUGUGUGCGUGUGUGUGUGCGUCAGGGAUUGGGACUCUGUUGACCUUCAGUAGAUCUGUCAGUGUUACCAAGAGAGACCUUCUCCUUUUUAGCCACAGGUGUAGUAGUAGAGACGGACAUUUCUUGACGUCUAUGUACCUUAGUUCUAGUAAGGGACGUCUCUGACUUCUGGCUCCUUGUCCUGCAUUUUUAGUCCUGUUGUCGGGAACAGCAGCAGCACAUCACUGUUGUUGUGACUGAUUUAAUUAAGACUCGGUUGGGCCUUAACAUGAGGACAGUCGCCCUCGUCAGAUCUGAAUGGGUCUAGUGUAUGAAGCCCAUCAGAACUGCAGGUGACGACAGGAAAGUUGUGAGCCUUGGCUGUCAGAGAAUACCUGUCCUUGUUGAUACAAAUUGUAUCUUAUUAACUUAAAUCAGAGUUGUUUAUAAACAUAUAAUUUAUGAAAAGGUAUACACACACGUUAUGUACAGUUGGUAGUACAUGAGUAAUUUAUGAACUAUUUUUGGCAACAUUUUAUCACCAUUACCAGAAUGUUUGAAGUUUUACUUGAAAAAGUAGAUUUUUGGAUGAACGAAUGCAUAAAAUGCAUCUGUUUAGAGCUAGGAGGUACAGGGAUUGUGGUUGUAGAUUAUUUAUUGUAUUGGAAACUAUAAAUUAUCGAUCAAUUUGAAAUCCACAAUAAUUUGAGAAGGCGCAAGAAGAAAAAGUCACAAAAUUUUCCAACGUAUCUGAACCAAUUAAAUCUAACUAAACAGGUGAUUUGGUUACAUACCAAAUGGGCCCUUCCACCAAAAAUGAGGUCGGGUUCAAACUUUUGGGAUUGGGAACCCGAACCCCCCAAACCUGGAACAUCAUCAGGCCUGGUGAUGCAAAUGCGUUUUAUGAUUUAUUACUGUAAAAGGAAGACUCCUGAUUUUAUUCCAGAGAGAGGGAGAAGGGGAGUGACAGAAUGAAAGAUGUUAUGAGCUGAUAAAGAAGAGGGUAAAAUGCUGCCUGAAAUAAGUAUUCCAUAAGAGCACCUUUGUUUUGAAAAGAGCCUUCCCUCUGGCCAAUCAGCACCAUGUGUUGAGUGGGGCGGAGCUUGGGCAUAGAGUAAAUGCCUCUGACUGGCAUUGUCCUUAAGACACAUCUGAUGAUCUGAACCAUGUUCAGCAAACAAGUUGUUUGGGUUUGUUGUUUGUUCGUUUUUCUUCUUCCAUAUAUAAACAAUAUAUCCUCACCUCACGUGCUAUUUAUUGUGAGAAGUUGCCAGUGUGCUUAUCUACCUUUGCCUAAACGUGGCUUUGCUGGACUUUUUGCUGUUCACGUUUGACCACUGGCUCUUCACAAGUCUCGUUUUGAAAUACAGUCCUCUGCAAGUAGCGGCAGUGCAUCUAUGUGUUAGUUCAGUAUUACACCAAGUGUUUCAGUGUAGUACUGCACCCGUGACGGUUUAGGCGCUUUCCCCCUUGUAAUGUUACUUUACCAGCUCAAUGGUGUCUGCUGAACGAACUUUCCAAUGCUGUUUUAUUUUUCCUUUUCUAAAUACUCGCUACUGUGUUGUGUUCAUUCCAGUGCCGAUUCAAUUCCUGUUUAUGAUGACCAAAGUAACUGGUGUGACUGAGUUUGCAUUUGGGUGGGCUAUGCUUUCUUAAGCAUUAGUCAGUCAUAGUUAGUAAUUGAGUAUUACAAAUUAAUUAUGUACAACAACAAAAAAAGAAAUGCAAUGAUGUACUGUAAAAUUAUACUGUCUGAAGUUUCCAAAUGUGUAUUUUUAUUGAAAUAAAAUAUGUAUC